AUCUCGCUUCCUACCAAAACAAAUACAGUAUUUGGAGACGAGUCCGGUUUUAAAACUAUCUAAUCGUUUGCAGCCACACUCGUUGAUUGAGUUUCUGCUGAGAUCAAUCAUGUCCGAAAACGCCUCUCGCACGGUUUACAUCGGUGGUUUAGACGAGAGAGUGAGUGAAAGGGUGUUGUAUGAUAUUCUCAUUCAGGCAGGGCGCGUAGUGGACUUGUAUAUUCCUCGAGACAAGGAAACUGAGAAGCCAAAAGGUUUUGCCUUCGCAGAGUAUGAGACUGAUGAGAUUGCAAACUAUGCUGUCCGGCUUUUCUCUGGUCUUGUGAAACUCCACAACCGAACACUGAAAUUUGCGAUUUCUGGGCAAGACAAGCCCUCACCGAGCUUGUCCACAGCAACGAAAUCCACAUUAAAUUCUUCUCCCAGACCAACACCGCACCUUGUAACAUUUAACAAUACUGAAGGCUCUCCCAAUUCUGUGAGGUCGUCAACACUGUGCAGGCAGGAAAUAAAUUAUGCACAAGAGCCAGCUCCCCCUGGUGUAACACCACCACCUAAUGGUUAUAGAUCACAUUCUGAUGGCAACAGUUAUGGUUAUACUCGAAGGGUUUUUGGGGCAGCGUUGGAUAAUAUUAGCCAAUCUAGAUUGAGCCGCUCUAACACAAAUAACUCGAUCAAUUAUCCCUCCUAUUGAUUUUGUCAAAUAUUGGUUAGACACCAACUCUCACCUCUGUUGUAUUUACUCAAUCAACUCAUGCAGUGUUGCACUUGAGGUAGUGUGAGGAGUUUAGUGGAAGCUACACACUUUGUUUCUGGUGGUGAUGGUUCUAAAUAGUUGUAUCAGGUUAUGCUGAAUGUGUUAUUGCUUCUAAAAUCUAGACUUGUAAUCUUGACUUCUAAAAUCAAUUUAUGUUAUCAUUGCUUCUAAAAUCUAGACUUGUAAUCUUGACUUCUAAAAUCAAUUUAUGUUUUCUUUUAUCGA